AUGUAUGGACUCAUAAAAAAGAAGACCGGAAUGCCUACGGCGUCCGAUAAAUAUGAUCUCCCUAUUAUGGCCAACUGCUUAGCUGCCAAUAAAAGCAGACGAGAGAACGAACAUAUCAAUGCAAUGGUAUUUAAUGAUGAAUACUAUCGUGAACGCAUGCGAAACAUCCAGGCUACAUACAAAGUUAAACAGGAUAAUUCUCCCGGUCUAGGAUACACUUCACGCAUUCGGCUGAUCUGGGACCAUGAUCGCCUUUUGGGUACAUUCGAUUUGGACGUUUUCAAGGGUUCCUUGGUCAUUGAUCCUGGUCCAGGUCAAGACCACUUCAAAGCUGAUAUUGAGUACUCAAAGUUCCAUGAGGCCCGAGCGAAAGAUAAAGAAUCGAGUGAAGAGUCUGCGGAUGAUGAGGAUGAUGAUGAUGGUGGAGAUGAUGAGAUUGCCGCGACCAAGGAGUAUCGUUUUAAAUGGCGUGGAACAAAUGCAAAAAUACCUCACAAAUCAUUUAAUUCUACAUUCACUAUCGGAAAAAUUCGCUUUGGCAAUGGCAAGAUUUGGGGUCACUUUGAAGCAAUGUCGGGAGUUGGUUAUCCAGGUGGUCGGUACAUGUCUGUUCAAGAAUUUAUUGAUAAAUGGAAUGGAUAUGCCGAGACUGAGGAGGAUGAAAUCCCACGAUCACCGACUCCAAGAUCCACGAUAGCAAAGUCUCCGUCUGAACAUGAUGGCGCUCAUUCAACAGGUUCGCUAAUGGAUGAUACAUCUCAACUUAAGGAAUGGACAGAGAAAGACCAACAAAAUUUCAUCGAAAUGAUUACUGGAAUUUAUGAUAUCACUAGCAGGGAGAUAGAAGAGGAUUGGGUGUCGAGUUCAAAGGGAUUGAUGGUUCGUCUGCAUGUAGAUCAGCAGCAAGGAAAAGUCAUGGGAUCCUUUGACAUAGGCAUCGUUGAAGGUUUCCUCUGUUUGAACCAUGGUUUGGAAGCCUUAAAACACUACAGUCCCAUCGAAUUCGAAUGGUACGGACGAGGAACCUUCUCGGGCUCAAUCGAACAAGGCACGGGCACACUCGCCAUUCGAACCCAAGGCGCAAGAACAGUCGAAGGUAUCUUCAGCGAUAUGCCGGAUAAAAAUGACGGUCAGGUGGAUUUUCACGGUAUGAGACGUUUGUUGCCGGCUGGGGUUUCCGGUCGUGGCUCGGGUUAUUAUCGCGCUCAGUGGAAGGAACAUAAACGUGUGAAGCCUGAGGUUCCGUUAGAGAUGGCUAUUGCUACUCCUCACAAGGGUCGGUGGGGUGUUAGGCAGGAACUUGCGAAGAGGGUUAGUUGGAAACGAAGUGAGGCAGAGGGAAGAAGAAAGAAGGAAGAAGCACGUAUUGUGGUAUUGAUAGACUUGGAUGAUAUGGAUGGGAGUGACGGGGAUGUUUGUUGGAUUUGGUUAGGAUGUAAAAAGAAAUAG